ACGCUCACCACCCUCGCAACCCUAACGAGCGCCUCCCCCGACCAAAAGCCCGCCUACAGAAUCACCUCGCCCGCGGCCUCGGCAAUCCUGACCCCCAACACCCCCAGCGUGAUCUCGUGGUCCACCACGCAACGCAGCUCAGCCAAACUCUCCAUCCACCUCGAAACCACCACCAACCACACAAACCUCUACACCAUCGCCACCAACAUCACCAACUCGGGGUCAAUCUCCUGGUCCCCGCCCGCCCGCAUCCCGCCGGGCGAGGAGUACAUCAUCGUCCUCGACCCGACCACGUCCCCGGACAACGAUACCAACACCACCAACACCACUUCUACCUCAAACACCACCCAAGAAGAAAAGGCAACCUACAAGUCCCCGGCCUUCACCAUCACCGCCCCCAAGCCCUUACCCAACAACUCCACCUCCGCAGCAACAAACUCCACCACCACCUCAGAAACAACAACCUACUACCCGACCGAGAACCAGGCCAUCGCCCGCGGCAAAACCACCAUUGUGACGUGGCCCGUCGCGCAGGAUCAGAGAUCCGGGCACGUCAGCGUCUACCUCAUGGAGGGGAGGGAGGCGGGGUCCACUACCGCCAAGAAUGUCUCGACGGUGGCGACGCACGUGGCCAACUCGGGGAGUCUAGCGUGCGUGCUGCCGGGGAAUCUGACGCUGGCGGAGGAUUAUCGCUUUGCGGUGGUCGGGGUCGACGGUGGGGAGGAGGUGAGGUAUUCAGCGAUGUUUCGGGUGGUGGAUGGGGAUGAUGAUGAUGAGGAUAGU